UAACAACCGCCAUUAAAACUGAGGGGGGAAACAGUAGAAGAAGAGUCGCUACAUCACUUCCGCUUCUGCUCAACAAUGGCGUCCUCCGCGACGGGAGACGGCGUGAGUGAAGUGCAAGUAGGGAAAAAAUCUCAAAAGACUAAAAACCAGGUGGAUGAAUCUGAACUCCUGACUGUUCCUGAUGGAUGGAAAGAGCCCACGUUCUCCAGAGAUGACAACCCUCGUGGUCUGCUGGAGGAGAGCAGCUUCGCCACCCUCUUCCCCAAAUACAGAGAAGCCUAUCUGAAAGAGUGCUGGCCGCUUGUAGAGAAGGCCUUAGGAGAGGCACAUAUCAAAGCCUCUCUGGACCUGAUCGAGGGAAGCAUGACAGUUUGCACCACUAAAAAAACAUUUGACCCUUACGCCAUCAUAAGAGCCAGAGAUCUCAUCAAGCUACUGGCCAGGAGUGUCCCUUUCGAACAGGCUGUGCGGGUAUUGCAGGAUGACAUGGCGUGUGACAUCAUCAAAAUUGGUACCCUGGUGAGGAACAGAGAGCGGUUUGUCAAGCGAAGACAGAGACUGAUUGGCCCCAAGGGCUCCACCCUUAAAGCAUUAGAAAUGCUAACCAACUGCUAUGUGAUGGUGCAGGGCAACACGGUGUCGGCCCUGGGGCCCUUCAAUGGCCUGAAGGAGGUACGCAAAGUGGUGAUGGACACGAUGAAGAACAUUCACCCCAUCUACAACAUCAAGACACUGAUGAUCAAACGGGAGCUGUCCAAAGACCCUGAACUGCGGAUGCAGAGCUGGGAACGCUUCCUGCCCAAGUUCCGCCACAAGAACCUGGCCAAGCGCAGGGAGCCCAAGAAGAAGAGUGUGAAGAAGGAGUACACACCUUUCCCUCCAUCUCAACCAGAGAGCACGGUUGACAAAGAGCUGGCCACAGGAGAAUUUUUCCUCCGUGAGAGUGUGAAAAAGAGGAAGAAGAUGGAAGAGAUCAAGGUCAAACAAGCAGAGGCGCUGACCAAGAAGCAAGAAGAACGAAACAAAGCUUUCAUUCCUCCUAAAGAGAAGCCUUUAAUGAAGAAAACCACUAAAGGUCCCACAGAAGGAAAGCUGGAUAUCGAGGCCAUUAAAGAGAAAGUGAAAAAAGCCAAAACCAAGAAACUGGGUGCUCCAGCAGUGAACCCAACUCCUCCCACCAGCAGUACCAAUGACAAGAAGAAAAAGAACAAAACAAAAAACAAAGGCUAACCACAGUUUGACUCCACCUUUGUUGUAAUGUGUACCAUGUGAUAUGGCGUUUGAUGGGCAGCCCUGGUGGACAGAGUAAGGACGCUGUAAGGACAGGAAAACGUGACAUCGCAUGUACAGUUUGUGUGAACUUGGAUCAAAAUGUAUUCAAUCACAAACUAUCAUGGACGGUUUUUGCUGAACUACUUUUGUUGUGAGGAUUUCCAUCAAUGAGUGAUGUCGUGCAUUUCCCUCGUGUCUGCCUUGUAUGUCUUCUGCUAACUAUUGUCCAAACUUUCUAUGAGUAUUUCUACUUUCAGAAUGUAUUUCUCACCCUCCUUAGAAGACAUUAAUCAGAUGGAAAUAUAAAAUUAAAAGAUUUUUUUCUUUUUAUAUCAACCUUCUUAA